AUGGCAACCAGCUCCACGGCCGGUGCCGAGAAGGUGUCGGUUCUGUUCGUGUGCCUGGGAAACAUAUGCCGCUCUCCAAUGGCCGAAGGAGUGUUCAGGCACCUCACCAACUUCGGAGGUGACGAGCAGCAUCCCUUGAUCAAGGACAUCGACUCAUGCGGUACCGGCGCAUACCACGCAGGCGACAAGCCUGAUUCGCGAACGCUUUCCGUCCUCGAAGACAACGGUCUGACAGACUACAAGCACAAGGCUCGACGGGUGAAGGUCCCCGAAGACUUUGAGCGGUUUGACUAUGUGCUGGCGAUGGACGAGGACAACUUCAUCGACCUUCGGGACUCGGUGAAACGUGCGAAGAAGAGUGGCAAGUUGGAUAAUGAAGUAUUGCAGAAGGUGCACAUGUUUGGAGAGUUUGGUGGAAAGGACAGCAGGGAGCCAAUUGUGGAUCCAUGGUAUGAUGGCGGUAGAAAGGGGUUUGAGGUGGCAUACGAGCAGGUGCUGAGGAUGGGGAAAGGCCUCCUGCAGCAUAUCGAAAACGAAGCGAAGAAAAGCAAGAGCGAGCUCUGA